CACUUUCCCCGACUAUCUCCAUCUCUUCAUCAAAUCCCCACACAAAAUCUAGGGUUUCUGCGUAAUUCUGCAAUUCUCCCACCGCCGUCCCGGCUCCGGUGAGUGUGAUUUGUGAUGCCGAGGGCAAAGCUUAUACUCAUAUGCCAGUGUGGCGGGGAAUUCACGAAACAUGAUGAUGGCACCAUGUCAUACAGCGGUGGAGAUGCCCACGCUGUGGAGAUCAACAGAGACACUAACUUUGAUGAUCUCAAGCUGAGGGUUGCAGAAACCUGUAACUUAGAGCUUCAAUCUGUCGGUAUGAAGUAUUUCAUCCCGGGGAUGACCAGGACCCUGAUCACAUUGUCCAAUGAUAAGGAUUUCAAUACCAUGUAUGAUUUCUAUGGCGAAUCGAUCACCGCGGACAUCUAUGUCACGGGUACUCUAGGUUUCGUUCAGUCAACUACGACGCCAUCCCCUAAGAAGCUUCCUGCGCCCGCCUCUUUUGGACUUAUGGUUAAAUCACCGCCUGCAACAACUGGGAGGCGUAAGAGGGCAGCAUCUAAACCUAAAUCAAAAGCAAAAUCAAGAUCAAAAUCAGCUGCUGCUGAUAGUCCGAGUGCUAGUAGCUACACUACAUCACCUAGCAGUGAUUCUGAUGAUUCUUCUUCUUCAGAUCAUCCUUCACCCGACACUGAAUCAGCUGGAAUGGAAACACCACAGAGUCCUUCCAGUAAAGUUGUUGAUGUCCCAAUUUCAUUUGAUCUAGCUGCUACCCCUGCUGAUACGGUGAAGAAGAGAAGGCGCACUGCUUCAUGGAAAAUUGGUGCUAAUGGUCGAAUGACAAUUGGUUCUUCUGCUAACGAGGGGGAUACGAGUAUGACUGCAUCGUGUAUUAAGACCAUUAGGAAUCUGGAUCCUUCAGUUGGCGGGAGUGGUACUGAAUUGAUGGUUAUAGAUGAACAUACGAGAGACGGUUCAUUGGACCAGUUGGUGGCCACUUGGAGAGAUGGAAUAACUGGUGUAGGUCAGGAAUUCGAGAGUGUGGUCAAGUUCCGUGAUGUCCUACAGAAGUACGCCAUUGCACAUCGUUUCGGAUAUAAGCUAAAGAAGAACGACUCAAAUCGAGUCAGUGCAGUUUGUGCUGCCAGAGCUUGUUACUGGAAGAUUCAUGCCUCGUGGGUCCCUAAUGAUGGAGUUUUACGUAUCAAGAAAAUGGAUGAACCACACACAUGUGGGGAGGACUCUUGGAAGUCGGUUCAUGCAUCAAAAAAUUGGCUGGUGAAUGUUAUCAAGGAGAGACUCAGAGAGAGCCCACAUCACAAACCGAAAGAAAUCUCUAAUGGAAUAUUUAGAGACUUUGGGAUUGAGCCGAACUAUGCUCAAGUUCGACGUGCAAUCGAACAUGCUCGUGUGGAAAUGUUGGGUUCAUACACAGAGGCAUAUAAGAAGCUCCCCUGGUAUUGUGAGAGACUACAGGAAGCAAAUCCCGGUAGCUCCACAAACCUUGUCGUUGAUAAUGAGAGCAAUAAAUUCCAACGCCUUUUCAUAUCCUAUCGUGCAUUGGUAGAAGGUUUCCAGAAUGGUUGUCGCCCAGUUCUUUACCUCGACUCGACCCCUUUGAGAUCGAAGCACCAUGAAAUUUUGUUGACAGCUAGUGCAUUAGAUGGAGAUGAUGGAAUCUUUCCUGUUUCAUACGCGAUCGUAGAUAUAGAGAAUAAAGACAGCUGGCAAUGGUUUUUGGAUCAGUUGAGGUCUGCGAUUUCGAGUUCAGAGCCGAUAACUUUUGUCUCUGACAAGGAGAAGGAGCUGAGAGAGUCGGUGCUCGAAGUAUUUACUGGUUCUUACCAUCGUUAUUCACUAUAUCACUUGCUGGAAGAGUUCAAGAGAAAUCUCAAGGGCCCAUUUCAUGGAGACGGCAGACCAUCUCUGCCUGUAAACAUGUUAGCUGCUGCAUGCACUCGCCGGCUUGAAACCUUCAACAUGCUCCUGGAACGUAUCAAAGAUGUCUCUGUAAAAGCUCAUGAGUGGCUUGUCCAGAUUGACCCUGAAAAUUGGGCGAGUUCGCAUUUUAAAGGUGAGCAGUACACUCCGGAGAAACCGGACACAUUCAACACUGCAGAGUUCUACUCAAAGUGGAUCGACGAAGUGUGGGAGAUGCCGAUUACAAUGAAGCUAGAAGCGAUAAGAGGGAAGAUAAUGGAGUUGAUGCAGAGUCGUAAAACCGAAUCAGACGGCUGGACGACUACUAUGAGAAUAACUCCUUCCAAGGAGAAGAAGCUUCAGGAGGAAGGGACGAGAGCUCGAUCUUACAAGGUGCUAUUCUCGAAUGGAAUCCUGUUCGAGGUUCAUGACCGUUUGAUCAAUGUCGUGGAUACGCACUCAAGGAAGUGCACAUGUAUGGAGUGGGUCGUGAAUGAGUUUCCAUGCUGCCAUGCGAUUGCUGUCUCUAUUCGAACUGGACAUGUGGCGUAUGAUUAUUGCUCGCAGUACUUCUCAGUCGAGAGGUAUCGUGCGACUUACUCUGGGUCAAUAAAUCCUGUUACGGACCCUUACAGUCCUCCGGAGGAAGAAGACGAUGAGGAGACUACUGAGUCUACUGCGGUUGUGCUUCCUCCUACAACGCCAAGGCCUCCACCUUUGCCUAAGGAGAGGUAUUACAAAAGGAGAGGGGAACUGAAGAGGAUAAUCCUGUGUACAAGGUGCAAAGGAGAAGGGCAUAAUAAGGCUACUUGUAAGGAGCCUCCUGAGGAGGAGGAAGUGAAGGUGCUUGAUGCAGCCGAGCAGCCAGAAGAACUACACCAGCUGGAAGGACCUGACCAGGGAGAAGAACCUACGGAGAAAGGUGAACAGAAGAAAACUUUGUGCACUAGUUGCAACGGAGAGGGACACAAUAAAGCCACCUGCAAGGAGCAUUUGUUACUAAUUGAGGACGCGAACGAAGUCGAAUCAUAGAAGAUAAUAAUUUCAUGCCUGGGGUUACCCUUGUAUCAUUGCUCUGUACAGUUUUCAUGUUCUGAAUCAGAAUUCGGUAACUGUUGAGUAGUAGUUUCAAUUGCUUGACUGAGGAAUGCGCAGCUUAUCUGUUGUUCGAUUGACUUGCUGUGAUGGCAGUUGCAGGAUUGUGGGCUAGCUUUAAAGUAAUGAAAGAAUUGAAUAUGUUUCAUUGCGUUUCACUCAAUUGGAUUGCUGCUUAAAGAGAGGCCUACAGCCCCGAUUGUCGCUCUGCUGCGUCUGGUAUCCC